AUACAUCAUGUGCUAUGUGCACGAGGAAGUGUUCUACAUGGAGGGGAACUGGCUAUUGGUGUCCUGAACAUUGGGAGAUUUCUGAUCAGCAGAUCAGGGUUGGUUAUAAGAUUCAAUUAACUUUGAAGGACUCAACCGGGGAAGCUCCAUUCAUUGUUUUCGGUGCUUCUGGGAAUGCUUUGACCCAUACAACUGCAACACUAUUGGCACAGAGGUAUCCAUAUAGCCCUGGUCAGCUCCCGCCAGAACUGAGCGCUUUGGUUGACCAGUACUUGAAGUUUGAAGUGAAGCUACCCAUGGUGCCAACCAGUGGGAUCUCAAGUGGAGAAUUUAGAGUUUUGAGGGUCUUCCCAAAUGUUGCUGCC